AUGUCAUCAAAGGAACCCUCACAAGAGCCCGAGCUCCACCUGGACUCGCCACCACACGAAGCGCAUCUGGACCCGUCUAAACCAGCAAACGCCGCAUCGCAUCCCAAGAAAAAGAAACAACGGCGGCCUCAAACGGAAGCAGAAUACCAACACCAACUUGACCUCUGGCGCACAACAGGCCCGCAAAUCAACACCGAGACCUGGCUCUACGAGAAGUUGGACCAGCUAGACCCCGAGAACCGCGCUCAUCGCGUCAAGAUCUUGCACGCGUGCGAAAAGGCCUACUAUGAGCGCGACUGGAACCUAUGUCUACAAAUGUGCCAUGUCGCAGAGUCCCUCUUUGGCGUGGAGUUGGACUCGAUGACGGCGGAUGCGCGAGACGUGGCGGCUCCACCUGCUUUGGAGAAUAAAAAGACGCGCAAGAGUUCGAAAGUCGAGCGACAUGUGUUUGAGUUGCAUGCUAUCAAAUUGCGAUGUUUGCAACGGAUCGAAGACGACAAUAGGAGUCGAUGA